AAAAUUUUAUGAAUUGGCGUGCCCACCGCGAGUUGCUUGCAUCUUCGUUUGAUAUUUUGGCGAAAGAAACCAAAUAGGAAUCCCCAAUUAGAGAUCGGAGUUUAGGUAUACUUUCAUCUAGUUUUAACCCUCAUAGGCUCACUGAGAAAGAAAAGGACAAAGAAACGAUCAACGAACCCUAACGACAUUGAUUCGAUUCUUCGACUCUGAGCUUCUAUUGAUGGCGUCUUGAUCAGAAAUACUUGACGCGAACAGUUAUUUAGAGAGGCCAUCAGAUCAUAUGAAGUGCUUUCUCAGUUUGAAUCCUUCUCCUCUGGUUUAUUCAGAUGCACUGUUGUUGCAUGUUUUCUCACCUCAGGAGCUUUUUGGCAGAUUCCCAAGGGUGACUGCAGCGAGACUCAGUUAUUUGACUGGAAGGAUUAUUCUUGUGUUGCAUUUGAUCUGCAAGCUUGGUGAAGUAGGCCAAGGAGUAUUAUGGCUGAUGGAGAAGAAUGUAUUGAACUAAAAUUUCGAAUAUAUGAUGGAACAGAUAUAUGUCAUAGCAAUUAUGCUUCUUCUACAACUGUUGCAAAUGUUAAGAAAAGACUUGUUGCUGAGUGGCCCCAAGACAAAGCAGUCAUACCUAAGUCAGUAAAUGAUAUGAAGCUUAUACAUGCUGGAAAGUUCUUAGAGAACAGCAAGACUCUUGCUGAAUGCAGAAUUAAUAUGGGUGACCUUCCUGGAGGGGUUAUUACAAUGCAUGUUGUGGUACAACCUUCCAUGGCCAGCAAGAAGACAGUAGACACAACUGAUGCUUCUUCUUGGCUAGAAAUUGAACUCGACUCCUCACUAGACUUAGUUGCCGAGACUUGCAAUGAUUCUCAAGACGAGUUGCCAACUAUAGGGAAUGAAAAUGAGAAUAAGCAGGAGGAGAAAACAGAGAUGAAUUCGUGCUCAUGUAGCAUUCUUUAACAUGAGCCAAUCGUUGCGGACAGAAGCACUUUUUACCCCUGAUGUGCUUCCACCUUCCCUUUGUGUAGUGUCAAGUGUUCUACUGCAAUGGGUAAAAUUUUGAACGGCAUCCCUGCUUCUUUUCGCAGAUAUUGCCUUGCAAUUGCUGCUUAGUUCAUGUUGUAACCAUUCCGAGUGAAAUUCAACUAUCUACCAUUAUCUGUUACCCAUGCUGUAGCGUUAUGUUUAAUCUGGUUGACACAUGCACUGCUUUUGAAGUUUUAAAGAAUUUAACAAAGUUAAAUCAAUGUCAUCUUGUGUUUGUUCAAAAA